CAUGUUCAUUAUUACAAUAAGUGCAUAAUACUGGAAACAGUAUCAUAAUUGCCACUGAAUUUUGAUCACGAUCUUCUGCCCGCCGCGAAAUAUUGAAUUUUGGAUGUUGAUCUGAAAAAAACUCCGAAAGAAGGAUUUGCUAAUUUGAAAUGAAGAUCUUUGUCACAUUGUGGUUGCUGGUGAUGCUGGCAGCGGCUCUAGGUAGUGUUUCUAGAACCAAUCACACUACGAUAGAGCAGGGAAUUGAUCAACUUACGCAACUUGUUGAUAAGAUAUUGGGAAGCAAGACAGUCAAAGAUAAGAUUGCCGAGCUGACUCAAUCGGGUUCUAACAAGAGAGCUGAGAUCGUCAUUCUGAGUAAAUCUGAUAUUGCUGGCGACAUACCAGACAGCGAUCUGUAUAAUACAACAACCAUAACAAGACGAGUAGGAGAUGUGACCGUCGUGAUAAAAACCACCAUCACCAAACUCGGUGGGGAUGAGAUAAUGGUGGAAUUUGAGUCCGAGGUGAAACCAAUGCCCGAUAAGACAAUGUGUAAGACAGACAGUAAUUGCACGGAGCAUCAAUUCUGUCAUCAUGACGUCAUUCUUGGAUUUGCUCUGAGCUACUGCCAGGCUUGCUCAGAGGACGGUGGUAAAUGCCAGAUAGACAAACACUGCUGCGGACAAACACUGUGUCGGUGGGGACGAUGUCUGAAGGAUGCAACUAAGGGUCAACUAGGAACAGUAUGCAGCAAAGCCGGUGACUGCGGAGAAGAAGGUUGUUGUGCCUCAGUGGAAGGGUUUGAGAAACCCGUCUGUCGCCCUCUUGCAAACGAAGGCCAACGCUGCAGCACGGAGACGAAAGCUGCUGACGAAAAUGCAGUAUCGUCAUCACUUUCUGUGCUCGAGAAAUUACUACGUCACAGACCAAAAAGUCAAAGUCACCCCGCCGAGUUUCCUCAUGAAUGUUCAUGUACUGCGGGACUGAAGUGUGCAAAUUACAUGCGAGAUUUCGACGAUAUGUUGGAUUUGAGAGAAGUUGCUCAGACCUUCCUUGGAGGGAUGUGUGUACCCGGCUGGGCAUGGGAGGAUCAGUUGGUUCUGGCUAGUAGUCCAUCGUCCAAUCCUACACCAAAGAAAUGAGUGAGCAGAUACUGUACAUGGGACUAUGUUGCAGUUGGAAGAGCAUGUGCGCCAUAGAAAAUAAUUAUGACAAAUAUCCGCGACACACUGCUAAUUUUCUAUUCGCAAACCUUUUUCUGAAGAAUCAUUGAAUGGGCAAUAUUGUAGGAUAGGGAUCGUUAUACAUGUACUUGUUUUUUUCGUUUUUAAGUUGUAUGUAGUGUAUAAUUGUCAACGUAAUAGACAGUCAUAAUUUUUAUUCUAAACUCACCGUGCAAAAUGGCAUUUUAUUUGAAACAUUGCAUGCGCAAUCAGACAUCAACACAAAUACAUUUCAAAGGAGAAUGUUUGUGAAUUACAAAAGUCAACUUGGUUCAAUGCAGGUUCGAUUCAGUUUGAUCAACUUUCAGGAGUGAACUGAAAAUUAUCUUUGUACACAAACUAAUAUGCAGACCACGUGACGUCGUCGCUUAUUCGUGGUUUUUGACAAAUCGCGCUUGGCUGAUAAAUGUGCACGGUGACAAUUUACCCAUAUGGCUUACAGGACGGUUUGAGACUUGCAACUCGUUUUCCCCCUUUUCAUAAGGUCACAUCUUUUGGAAAAUUAGUAGAUCACAAAUUGGAGCCUUUCUAAACUUUAUUUAGACAUGCAUGGUCUAAAAUGAAAUGUACUUUUUUUAUAGCAAA